UGUCAGUACUGUCAGUACAUUUGGAAUAAUUGGAAUGUGUAUGUGUACAAUUUAAUAUUAAUAAAAAUAUAACAAGAUACUGUGUAAUAUUUAUUGUAACACGUAUUACAAAAUAUAACGAUAUGUUAUAAAAUAAAUUACACGAGAAAGCAUUUGACAUGCAGAAUGUGCUAGUUUGACGUACGAGUAUAUAUAACUCAUAACUUAAAACGUAUAUAUAUACACCGAUACCGAGUACGGAAAAAAUAAACGGAUAAAAUGAAAAGUAGAAUAAAUUAAUCAGUUUUGUAUUAGAAAUUAAUUGUUAAGGUAUUAUGUUAUCCGAAAGUUAUUUACUCGUGAAACAUGGAUAACACCGAAUUGCUGUUCUUCGAUACAUUUUCCCACGAAAUUUCAGAGGAAUUGAAUUUGGACCUGGUGCAAUUUCCCAAGCCUGUUUAUAUUAGCGAAGUAAGAAUAAUUCCUCUGGGUGCCAGAGUACAGGCAGACUUCCCAGGAGGAGUGCGACUUGGAGCGACCAAUCCUUCUCAAUUCGAGAUCGAGUUUUUCGUGAACGAUCUCAGCAAACCUGGAGCCUCCACCUUCGAGUUUUUAGGUGGUUUAGAGUACAAGCAGAACAUCCACAUCCAGCUGGAAUGCGAACGGAAACAAAUACCAACGGAUGGGUUGGUGCUGAGAGGAUGGUAUACCACCAUAACGUUGGCGGUGUACGGUACCCUAACCAAAUCACUGAACAAUCCCCAGGAAGUCAUCAGUUCGGCAGCUGGCUCCACCGCUUGCGUCAGCUCCAUAGAAGAAAAUCCUGAAACUGCUGUGCAAAUUCCUUCCGAGCAGCAGUCUGAAUGGUAUUACGAGAAUCAGCAUCAAACGAGUUUAUCGCAGGAAACAUGCAUAACGGCAACUCCAUCGCCACAACCGAUCCAGGUGGUUGAACCGUCCAGGACGUCUACAUCGGACACAGGAAAGACGGAAUCGAGACAAUGGGAAGAAGAGACGUCCAACGCAGGCGAAAAAUCGUCGAAGCGACCUUUGUCUCCACCUCUUGAAUCCCUGAUCUCUCUGAGUCCCGAGUCCAUCUCCGCCGAAGAAGAAGAAGCGGAGCAGCAAGAAGCUAGCGAGCCGGAAACUGGCGAGCCUUUCGAGCCGAUAUUAUCGGACGAGGACAUAAUAACGGACGAUGUUCCGUCUACAGCCGAAUUUGAGUGUGAAGCAUCGCAGAUCGAUGAAAUCUACGCGAUGGUGCCGCCCGAUUUGCUAAGCUUGGAAAAGCCGGAGAACUUGGAAAACACUCGCGUGAACCGUGAGACUUUGUUAAAGAUCAGAGAGCUUCUACAAUCCCUCUCCAAAUCGGUCUCGCAUUUCCACAAUGCGUCCGGUCAGGAAAAGGAAACGUUCGUGCACAACUGCGAGACUUUGUGCGCCAUACUGGGUCCAUUUGACUCCGACGUAAACGAUAUCAAUGACUUGACUGACAUUGUCAAUGCCAGUUUAGAUAUGGAGCUCGCUAGGGCCCAACCACAACCAGCGUAUAAAGUGCGUCACGUGAAGGUGGGAGUUCGCUUAGCGGAGGCUCUCUGUCGAUUAUCGAAGGGCCCGGUAAUUCUGUUGAAGGUCGAAGCCCCGUACAAAUUGCUAUCCCUCUGUAUGCGCGAGAAUGUGGCGUUACCGGUGAAACUUUCCGCUCUGCGAGCCCUCGAUGCCGCAUUGAUCAGCCCGAUAAUCGUGCAGGAGUUUCUAAAGAACAAUCUGUAUAGCAAUGCACUAACGAUGCUGGACUCGGCAAAGCUGGCCAGACUCAAAUACGCCCUCAGCUCACUCUUCCGCAAAGUCCACGUGUACGAGUAUCUAGAAGAAAUCAAGAAUUUCGACGAGUUCGGUUUAGCAGAGCUAAUGAACGUUUACGUGUGCGCUCCGACGUUGAUGGCGCAGCCUAAACGCCAGUUGCCAGCUGGUGCCCAGAUGGAAUUCGAACGAGAGCACACUCGCAAUCCUCGCGCUCAUCUGGUGGCUUAUUUCGAACAUCAUAAAUUGGCCCAUCAUCUUCUACUGGCGUUAUCUUCUCCGAAUUGUGAUUUGCAGAUGAUCAAGUUAAUCCGUCGCUUCCUCUUGCAUCUCUCCAAUACUAAGGAAGGCCUGUUCUACUUGUUGAGGGAAGUCGAAGUAGUUCGACUGAUACUGAAAGCUCUGAAACACGAUCUACCAGGCGCCGGGCGCAUUCUAGCGUGGCGUCUUCAGGUCGCGCAGUGUCUAAUUCGCCUGAGACAAACUUCCGACUGGACGAUUUUGAAGAGAUUGCACUCGUUCCUCAUUUUUCCAGAUGGUUUGCGGGCCAUUCUCACGAUUCUGCCUCUGGAUGACUUCAUAGAUAUUCUGAUCCCUUUUUUGUCGGAUUCUAAUCUUUGCGAGUUCGCCGCCGAAGUGAUCUCCGCAGUUGUUCGUUAUUCCGAUAGGGUAGAGAUCUUCCAGAACCGUGCGGAAUUGAUACUGGACAAAGCUCGCGAGCAUGUCAUCCUCAGGGACGUAAUAUCGUACUUGACAGUCGCGGCCCAAGCUUCUCAUUGGGAUUACUGCGACGUCUCCCCGUUGGUGACGAUUAUCAGGAAAAGCGCUGAGAAGGCUGCGUCGCUUCCCGGUCAGUUAAUCACCGCCUGUAGAAUUCUGCAUUAUCUCAUCUUCCCAUCAAAUAACGACGUCGAUCCUUUGGAGCCGUAUGUUGAGCUGAAAUACAGGAACGCUCUGACUCAACUAUUUGCUGCUGACGGCCUCACCGCUCUGGUUGCCGUAAUGGCAAACGUGUCCGAGUUCUAUGAACAACCGUUCCUUCAUCGUCCUGCCUUGACUGGUCGCAGAGGCAUGGCGUUAAUUGCCUUAUUGCUUCCUUGCGUGAAGCUGACCAGGGCGUUGCUCGAGAGACUUGUUAAGUGCAUGGCGACGGACUUCAAAGAUCUUACGGCCGUCGUUCCGUUGCUCGGAGUCUAUUCCCUGAUCGAAGCCAUCCCGUCUAACUUAAUGGUGCAGACUCUGUCCGAAGAAAUUGUGGGAACGCUUCUGGUCUUCACCCAGGCCGUUGAUUCCGACGGUUCUGGCAACGUGGCCAAAUCACUAUGGACUCAGAUGCUUGGCGAAGUUCUAAAGAUGAUCUCCCUCCGUCCUUGCAACUUUGUGCCGGGUCUAAAGCUGCUAGCUCGUCUGCUACCACCUGUUCUAACGCCGAAAGAGACCACUACUGAAGACGCAACGAGGAUCCUGGGCCUAAGAAAACUCUGGUCAGCACAUCUUCAAGCUCAGGCAGCGAAUCUCACUGAAACUCUUCGGCUACUCUGCACGAGUUGGAACGGAGACGUCUUACUUCUUUUAUCGACAGUUUGCAAGCAACUAAGCGACCUAGCAGCACCGACAGCUCUUUUAGUUGGAAGAUGUCUUUUAGAUGGUAUUUUAGCAGCCACUCCUCUAGAAAACAAUAUUCCUAUUCUCGCUCUAAUCAGCGAUCUGGCCAGACAUGCGCCUAUGAAAGCUACUUUAUUGACCUUAACCAGCCCGGCGUCCAGAGCGCAAGUAAAGUCCGAUCAAAAAUAUCCGCCAGUUAUCGAGAUGAUGUGCUCUACUCUGAAAAGUAGCAGCGAUGUUAACGUACAAUACGAGAUCCUCAGCAUCUUCGAGACUCUGUGUAACUGCAGCCUCAGUCUAGUACAAGAAGACAACGAACCUUUGGAGAAGAGACUGACGCACUCGGUGCCCAGCAAGGAACCUCUUUUAUCUAUCCUCGCGGCUCUAAUCGAUAUCCUAGCAAUCAGCACAAAGUUCCAGUUGGAUGUGAUAGAAAAUACGUUGCACAUACUCUUGUCCCUCAGCAACCACAAUUAUGGUCUGUAUCAUGUAAAGAGCUGCCUGGAAAACAACCCUGGAGCCUUGCGCGCGCUCUUAGACCACGUGUCCAGCUUGGAAGAGUCCGAAACAAACCCCGUCGUGGGUUUGACCGUGACUUUCCUAGAAAACCUAAUCGCCUCUGACUCGGAAGCGAGGACCUUGCAUCUACGCGCGCAGCAAUUGGCAUUCUUGAUAUCUUGGGAGAAGAACGAUCAUCCCUUAGAGAAAUUGAAACGCGCAAAAGAUCUGACAGAAAUUUUGAGAAGCGCCGAAGAGAAAGAAGAAAAAGAACCUAUCCCGGAGAUGUUGGAGCCUCUGUUGCCAACCCCGGAAGCACUAUUGAAUCAGUUCUCACAAAGAUGUACGAUUAAUAAUAGUCCAGUCCGACCCAAGAAGUUCGCACUCACGGCCAAUCAGACACAAACUGAAGAUACGGUAGACUUGUUAGCGCUCGCCACUGAAUUACUGCCCGCUGACUUUAAUCUGUUAGCGGAGGCGCAAAACCUAUGUUCUAAAAUACCUCCUGAUGACGCCACUCAACCUCUGCAAUCAAAACCCCAGGAUGAAGAACAGGAAAGCAGAACGGAAAAACAGAUUUCCCCAAUGGCAAAAUCAAAACAACCAUUUGUAACACCAGUGCGAGGUCGAACACAGUUCGCCAAUUCUCUACGAGGUGGUCCAGUAGGCGGAGGAGUGGGUAGAGGGUCCGAUCCCUUCCGAUCGAGGCCGCCCAAUACCUCGCGACCACCGUCUCUUCACGUGGAUGAAUUCGUGGCGCUGGAAACAUGCGGGGCUCAGCCAACCGGUCCUACCGGAUACAACAAGCUGAACAUCCGUGGAACGUGCCCGUCGCGUGCUAUCAGCAGCGGUACCAGGAGUCGACCCUGGACCCAAGAAAUUCGUCCCACGUACCUUCGCUAAUUUAUUACUGUCUGUCCCCUUUUCGUUUCAUAUAUGUGUAUAUUUACAAAACAUAUCAAUUAUAUCAACAAUAUAUAAAUUUGUCUUGAAAGGCUGUA